UUUGACCUAUUGCCCCACCCCCUUCCCCCCGCGGCUCCCGCCAAGUGGUCUUCCGGUACUGUAAAGACGGUUCCGGUUCCCGGAGGUUCCCGGGCUUUCCGGUCCGCUCCCGGCCGGAAACCCCUUUGCCUAGCAGCCGGUUCCGGUUCGGUGAGUGGCGGCGGGAAACUGGGGGAGGGGUGAGGAUGGAGGGAGACUGGGCCGGGAGGCUGUGUCGGACCGGGCCCGCUGGCCUCCGCUGGGCCGAGCGGAAGGGAGGACCGCGGUGGGGACAGUGCUUUGGCUCCCGCCCCGCCCCCUGGGACCACCUCCACUCCCCCCUGCUGUCCGGUAGCGGCUGUCUGGCCCGGGGCUGGUAGUUGGGCUUCCCGGGGCCGCCUCUUCUGGCCUCUGUCUCCUGACCCCGCGGAGAGGCCCUCUCCCCGCGGUCACGGCAGGCCCCUUCUCGGCGCCCAGCACUACUUUUCCGAAGAGAAAAGGCCGGUUGGGAUUCUGGGAGUUUCCCGCCAGAGCCGGGUCCUCGGAAGGGAGAGCUGUUUGCAUCACGGAAGUUCAGCUUUCAGCCCCACCUGCCUCACCUCUCUUCUUCCCCGAGACCUGGAGUGAUCCUUCUCGACUUGUGUGUCUCCCGUACACAAUUCUCCAACUCUUUUACCCUGUGGUAUUUCCCUGAGAUGUGAUAUUGCUAGUGCCACCACCAGAGAGGAUCACCUGGACCCUUCUGCACAGGUUAUGAAAACCCCCUUUACUGCCACAGUUUUCUUACCUGGCUCAUCGCCUCUCGGAUUUUGUAUCUUUGCUAAAGUCAGUGAUGUGAGAAGACCUGGCAUGGAUGACACUGCUGACGGGGUGAAGAUGGACGCUGGAGAAGUGACCUUAGUGAACCACAGCUCCACCUUCAAAACUCAUCUCAUGCCACAGUCUGGUUUCCCAGAGGACCAGCUUUCACUUUCUGACCAGCAGAUCUUGCCUUUCAGGCAGGGGACUUUGGAUAGACCUUUCACAUGUUCUACAAGAAGUGCAGCUUAUAAUCCAGAUUAUCGUCCAGAUAACCCUUCCUCAGACAGUUUCCUUGGCUCAGGUGACAUAAGAUCCUUUGGCCAAAAUGCAAAUGGACAGUGGAGAAAUUCCACUCCAGCGUCAGUCUCAACGUUACAAAAACCAAGAAAUAGCCGAAGUCUUUACCUCGAAACCCGAAAGACCUCAAGUGGAUUAUCAAACACCUUUGCGGGAAAGUCAAACCACCACUGCCAUGUGUCUGCAUAUGAAAAGUCAUUCCCCAUUAAGUCUGUCCCAAGUCCAUCCUGGAGUGGCUCUUGCCGUCGAAGUCUUUUAAGCCCUAAGAAAAUUCAGAGACGACAUUUCAGCACAGCAGAGGAGACAGUUCAAGAAGAAGAAAAAGAGAUCUACAGACAGCUGCUGCAGAUGGUCACAGGGAAACAGUUCUCUGUAGCCAAGCCCACCACACAUUUUCCUUUACACCUGUCUCGGUGUCUUAGUUCCAAUAAGAACUCUUUGAAAAACUCGCUGUUGAGAAAUGGAAACUCUUGUGCGUCUCACAUCAUUGGCUCUGACACGUCAUCCUCUGGCUCUGCCAGCAUUUUAACUGCGCAGGAGCAGCUGUUCCACAGUGCACAUUCCCUGUCGUCACCUCGUACCCCAGAUGUUGCAUUUGGAUCCAAAGACUCUGAUCGUCCCCAUCACCUCUCUGCUCCUCACCAGCCAGAUAAUGUCCCAGCAUCAGCUACUCAAUCUGAAGGAUCAGACUCUGUGAUUUUACUCAAAGUGAAAGAACCUCAGACUCCAGCUUCCAGUCCUGCUUUCUUCCAGGCAGAGCUAUGGAUCAAAGAAUUAACGAGUGUUUAUGACUCUCGAGCACGGGAAAGAUGGCGCCAGAUUGAAGAACAGAAAGCAUUGGCCCUGCAGCUCCAAAACCAGAGACUGCAGGAGCAGGAACACGCAGUACUUGACUCCGUAGAACUGCACCUUCGUGUACCUCUUGAAAAGGAGAUUCCUGUAACAGCUGUCCAAGAAACCAGGAAAAAACAGGAAAUAACUGAUAGUGAAAACGAAUUUCCUGAAAUUACAGAGGAAAUGGAGAAGGAAAUAAAGAAUGUGUUUCGUAAUGGUAACCAAGAUGAAGUCCUCAGUGAAGCUUUCCGCUUGACCAUUACACGCAAAGAUAUUCAAACUCUAAACCAUCUAAAUUGGCUCAAUGAUGAGAUCAUCAAUUUCUACAUGAAUAUGCUGAUGGAGCGCAGUAAAGAGAAGGGAUUUCCAAGUGUACAUGCAUUUAAUACCUUUUUCUUCACUAAGUUAAAAACUGCUGGUUAUCAGGCGGUGAAGCGCUGGACCAAGAAGGUGGAUGUGUUUUCUGUUGACAUUCUUCUGGUGCCCAUUCACCUGGGCGUGCACUGGUGUCUGGCUGUUGUAGACUUUAGAAAGAAGAGCAUCACCUACUAUGACUCGAUGGGCGGAGUAAACAACGAAGCCUGCAGGAUCCUCCUGCAAUACCUAAAGCAAGAAAGUGUUGACAAGAAAAGGAAAGAAUUGGACACCAAUGGCUGGCAGCUCUUCAGCAAGAAAAGCCAGGAAAUUCCACAGCAGAUGAAUGGAAGUGACUGUGGGAUGUUUGCUUGCAAAUAUGCUGACUGUAUUACCAAAGACAGACCAAUCAACUUCACCCAGCAACACAUGCCAUAUUUCCGGAAGCGAAUGGUCUGGGAGAUCCUCCACAGAAAGCUCUUGUGAAGACUGUCAGUGAGCAGACGUUGACAGUGUGGGAGACCAGCUUUUGCCAUCAACAGCCAGAGACCUUGGAAACAGCUGCUCCUAACCCCUGUUGUGUACAGCCCUUGACCCUGGACCAGACCAGGCGAGAUGCAUUCACAAGCACAUCUGCCUUCCCUUUUGUAUCUCAUAUACUAUUUUUGCAAAGAAACUUUGGUGCUGUGAAAGGGGUGAGGGGCAUCCCUAAGCUGAAGAGAGAGUGUUUUUCACGUGAGCUCUGCUGGCUUGUUCUCAAGGGCUCCAGCCUCACUGAGCCCCUACCUAGGAGCCCAAGGAAAACUCGGGAAAGACCUUGGUUCAUAUAAUCUCUUGUUGCUAGGCCUUACCAAGGAGCAGGACAGGGCGUGGACAGUAGCCAGGGAUAAAAACCACCAGCACGUAGACACACACGAUUCCCAGGAUGCAGAGUUAGCAAUGGGACUGUAAACUGGACACUCGGGCACA